GUACUCAUUCAGACUCAUGAUCCGGCAUAUACGGAGAUGCUUGAGCAGACAGCCGAAGCGCGUCACCGCAUGGCAAUAGCCGAAGCGACAGUGAACCCACCAUAUACCGCUCCUCCGAUGUUGGCCGGCCCGUAUGCUGGCAAUACCGACGGAGAAGUUGAGGAGAUGGUCAUAGCCCAUAAAAAGAAAGAUAAGAAGAAGGCAUCAGGCGGUGAUGGAGGACGUCUCACUGCUGUACCCGCAAAGAAGGUUGCACGCCGGGAGGCCGUGCCGGUCGCCGACGUGGAGCCUGAAAGGGAUCCAGGGGAGUUUAUUGUCCACAUUGAAAGGGAUGAGUCUCCUCUCGAUAUAGAUGGGUUUGUAGCUGAGAUGGAAGAAUUGGCUUCAUCUGAUCCCCCGAAGGGAACGCCUAGACCAGAUAGUUCCAGACCUGACGUUGCGUAUGUGGAUGUUUCGGGCAAGAAGAAAGAAGAGGGCAAAGAUUCAUCUAGUCCUCCGGAAGGAGAGGCCUUUGUUGUGGACUUUUCAUCAAAACGGAGUCAAGGUGAACAGGCACUUAGGGAAGAAGCAAAAUCUAAGAGCCAUCUACUUUGUCAUUUGCCCAAGAAUCCAUAUUGCAAGACCUGCCAGCAAGCCAAAAUGUUGAAGCCCCCAUCCCGAGUAUCCGGGGGGUCCAAGCACAUUGAUGCCGAAAGAUUUGCAAAACACAUCACUGCCGACUUUCUAAUCGCCGCUACCGACGAGGAAGCGGGGCUUGAUGGAGAACAGGUUGCAAUGGUUGUGAAGGAUGUGGCCACUGAUUUCAUGUACAUCUAUCCCAGUGGUAGGAGAACGGCCAAGGAUGCUGUUUUGGCCUUAAAGCACUUUAUAGCUCAAUUCAAGGGCAUCGCAUCCGAUGAUCAAGAUGAUGACGACGGGGUCGAUCGCGACCUUUCAGAUCAAGAUGCAAAGCCUGCGCGGGAGCCAAAUGCCGAGACGUUGACAAGCUGGGUGCCCGACGAAGAGAGGGUCUCAGUCUAUCAGCGCAUCGUUCAAUGGGAGGAACGCUUGAAGGAGCUGAGGACUUCCUGUGUGGGUGUCGCCUACGAAGAUGGCAUCUCUGGAAUCCAGACGCUCGGCGGGAGCCAGCAGCCGGUUGACAUUGUGAUCGACACAUGCCUCUGUUCGGACGUCGAGAAGAAUUUCAAGUCCUACACAGGCAUCCUCAAGCUGUUUGAAACCGUUCCCCAGGCCAUCUUUGGUCAUGUGGACUGCCCACCGGAAGGUGAGGUCGACGUGCUUUUGAUUGGUGACUCCUCCACGGCUCUGGUUGACUAUCCAGAUGAUCCCAAGAAGAGAAAGAUGAUCAGCCUGGGGGAAAUCCUUGCACAGUCGCCGCCUAAUGGUGUGCGCAAGGUCGCUGCCGAAUUUACUGAGAAGCAGCAUCGAAGGGUCAUCAACGCAAUGGACGAGAUCAUCAAGAUGCGAAGGCAUACCAUGAUCUAUGACAUUGUGGUCUUCGGAUGUGGGGAUUCCUACUCAUAUGGACUCCCACCGUCGUAUGGGCUGGAGAUGGGUCGGUGCUUUGAGCAUCUCAUUGCUGGGGGAGUGAGGUGCGUUUCGACGUGCAUGCCCUCGGCAUUCAGCACGAGGUAUGACAAGCUCCACAUGACGGACCUCCCAUCGAACCGAACUCUCAUGAUAAAGUUUUUGAGGUCCAUGAUCCGAGCCCAUUUGAUCGUUAUGCAGAUCGAAGAAUUGGAGCCAAUCUUGCGCCAGAAGGCGUCAUUCCUGGAUGACGACCCCGAAGAACGCAUGAAGAUUGUCUAUCAAUACCCGAACCUGGCCCAGUUCAAGUUCUCACUCUCCAAGACGGACCAAGUCCAGGCGGCUCUCAACCGUGCGGCACUUCCAGUUUCUCUCGCCCAGGAAGCCCAGACUGCUGAUGAGCAUCUCAUGGACUACAUGGCCGAGCUGAAUGAAGUCGCCGAGGAUGAAGCCACCCGGGAGGGUGCGCCGAAACCCAUUGAGUUUACGGAGAGUGACCUCAAAUCCAUCGUGCCAGUCUUCAAGGACGACGUGGAUUCAGAUGAGGAAGAGGCCAGAUUGAGGGAGCAUCUACAGGCUGAUUUUGAUGACGCCGCCGAUGCCGACUGGUCUCCGGUGCGGAGCGAAGCAACGGAGAACAUCCCUGGAAUUGAUGAGUGGGAAGCCAUCGACGACUCCCGCCCCGACAUUGUGCACAACAUCUUUGAUCGUGAAGACAAUGUUGAAAGCCACACUGAGGUGGACUAUGGGGCAGACAAUGAAGAAACCGCGGGGCCUGUCGAUGAGUUUGCUGACGCCAUCGUGAUCCAGGACGACGCCAUGGACGUCGACAAGACCGAGACCGAGACCAAGGACGAUGCCGGGAAUCUGGACGAUGUCAUGGUGAUUGAAGAGCCAGAGACCGGCCACCCUGCGGUUGAGGUCACGAAUGAAGAGUCCAAGGCGCCUGAGACGGAGGAGGCUGUUGCCGGGGGGGACCCUGUGCCUGUUGUUGAUGUUGAGAAAACGGAGGGCAACCUCACCACUUCUGAGACGGUUGCCACCGAUGCCAACACCACCACAGCUGAGGGGUCUAAGCUCGCCGGGAGGCCUGCCAGUGAUGAGAAAGCAGCAUCAUCGUCAGCAAAGCCCAAGCCAGAGGCGAAGAAGAUGCCAUUGAGACGCAAAAGCUACAACGAACGGGUCAAGAAGUCAAAGGAUCAGGACGAAAGUGUUGUCCAAGCCCUCGUCCAGUCGAAGCGUGGCAAGAGCAUGGAUAUGCUGUUGGAGCAGUGGUCGUCAUUUUUGACAGGAGUGGAGCCCGGCAAGUUCUUUGCAUUGGUUCAACCCAAAGCCCUUUCAGGUGUGAUCCGCGACAUGGAGGCUGCAGAAGGCAUUGAGUCCGAAGAGAUGAAGAACUAUCUGUUUGCCUACUAUGCGGCGGUGUCCAACUCUGAGGUCAUUGAAGGACGAGGAAAGGGCAAAGGCAAGAACCGUGGAAAAGGAAAGGGCCGCCACCCGGGAGGGAAGGCCGGUGUCAUCACCCAGAUGAGGAUCGAGGACCUCAAGUACCAUGAUUGCGUCACCGCCCAAAAGGUGACCAUUCCCUUCCGAAAAUGUGAGAAAUGCGACCAAAAUAUGCUGGACGGCAUGGCAAAAUGCCCCUCUUGCUACAUUUCCAUGGAGGAAAACUAUGACGAUCUCGUCAGCUUCGCGAUCCAAAAUUGGACCGAUAAUCAUGGUGCCUUGGAUUGGAAUGUCCACACUGAUGAGCCUAUUGCAGAGGCGAGUGACGUGACAUUUCCAGCAGCCAUGGGUCCAAAGAAGACGGAAGGGUUGAUUGACAACCCACCCCGGAACUUCGACCCGAGGAUCACGGAGAGGUAUCGUCCCGAGGCCACAACUUGGAGAAUGUCCUCAUACGAUGAGCCCCAGGAAGGUUGCUAUCGGUGUGGGGCCCAAGACCACUGGCAGAGGGACUGCCCUUACCGCGGCAUGGGCGCACAUUACACGCGCCGUGUUCAAAGAGGUGAAUGGGGAUAUGCCCGGGACGAAAGUGGCGGCCAUCGCAGGUCUGGGUGGUAUGCCGACCAAUGGCGUUAUGCUGAUAGCUGGCGCCAGUGGAACUAUGGCUACGAGGACAGGAGGUGGGGAAAAGGGAAGAAUGACCCCAAGGGCAAGACCCACGACACUAGCUACGUCAAAGGACCUGCCAAAGGAAAAGGCAAGGGAAAAGGACGCAGCUACUCGGGAGGGUAUGCCGCAGAUCGCGAACGUGAGAGAUCUCCACCCCCUUCUGGUGGUGCAUCUUCGUCCGCUGGACCUCCGCCUCAAGAUUACCGCCCUGGGCGUAACACCAGAGUGAUUGAUGCUACGACCCAUGAGACCAUCACGAGCCAUGGUGUGAUCAGAGAACGUGUUGUCGAAGAAGCCGAUGGCACAAUGUACACUGAGAUCACCUUCCCUGAUGGCACAGUUGAACGG